AUGUCUAUUGAUGGCCAACCCGGGUUUACUAAAGAAUCUUUUGAUACAUUGGCUGAUAUUGCAAAAACAAAAGAAAUUCAAUGCAAUUUAGUGAUUGAUGAAAUGAGUAUACGAAAACAAAUAGAAAUGGAUAGUAAUCGAAAUGUGUAUGGCUUUGUUAAUUUGGGUGUCACAAGUACAGAAAAUAUGGAUAAAAAUAUAUUAKAGGCAAAAAAURCUUUAGUUUUUAUAUUAGUUGGAAUAAAUGGUUACUGKAAGUUGCCCAUUGGUUAUUUUUUAAUUGAUGGCUUGUCAGGUAAAGACAGGGCUUCUGUUGAAAGCGUUGCAAUUAAUWAAUGA